AUGGAGCACGUUUCCAAGGAGGAGUGGGAUGCGUGCGCCACGGCCGGCGGCGAGGUCAACCCCUUCCUCCUGCACGACUUCCUGCACGCACUGGAGGCCAGCGGCAGCGCCGUCAAGGAGGAGGGCUGGCUGCCGCAGCACGUGCUGGUGCGGCGGGGCGACAGCGGCGAGCUGCUGGGCUGCUGCCCCAUGUACUUGAAGGGGCACAGCUACGGAGAGUACGUGUUCGACUCCAGCUGGGCCAACGCCUAUCACCGCAUGAUGGGGCAGAACUACUACCCCAAGCUGCUGGUGGGCGUGCCCUUCACGCCCGUCCCCGGCCAGCGCCUGCUGGUCAAGGCGGGGCCGCACGCAGACGCGGUGCGGGGCGCGCUGGCCGACACGCUGAAGCAGGUUGCCGACCAGUUUGGGGUCAGCUCGCUGCACAUCAACUUUGCCACGCAAGAGGAGUGGGGGGAGCUGGGCGCCAAGCACGGCUACCUGCAGCGCACAGGGCUGCAGUACCACUGCAGCUUUGACGACGCCGGAGACGAGCGCAGCUUCCUCAUGAGCCUGCGCCAGUCCAAGCGCAAGAGCAUCCGCCAGGAGCGCAAGAAGGCGGCGCAGGAGGGGCUGCGCUUCCUGCGCCUGACGGGGGCUGACAUCCAGCCCCGCCACUGGGACGCCUUCCACAGGUUCUACCUCAACACCACUGACCGCAAGUGGGGCAGCGCCUACCUCACCCGCGACUUCUUCUCGCAGCUGGGCGAGCGCAUGGGCUACCGCGUGCUGCUGGUGCUGGCGGAGACGGCCGACGGCGCGGCGGGGCACGGUCGGCCCAUCGCCGGCGCGCUCAACCUCAUCGGCUCGCACGCGCUGUUUGGGCGCAACUGGGGCUGCCUGCUGGGCGACCGCAUCCCCAACCUGCACUUUGAGCUCUGCUACUACCAGGCGUGUGGGGGAGGGGGGCCGGGUGUGGCGCUGGAGUUUGCCAUUGAGCGCGGCCUGCAGCGCGUGGAGGCGGGGGCGCAGGGCGAGCACAAGCUGCAGCGCGGCUACGUCCCCUCCCUCACCCACAGCCUGCACUACCUGCCCGACCCGGGCUUUGCCGGCGUGGUGGACCGCUACCUGCAGCAGGAGCGGGCGGAGAUGGAGUACACGCUGAGGAUGCUGCGGUGCGAGGCGUCGCCAUACAAGCAGGCGUGA